AUGAAUGAUCCUCGUUGUCAUCGAAAAAAUGCUCGAUCGCUGUCUUUCAAAUAUCGGGAACUGCUUUUCGUCAAUAACUUCGCAUUAGUAGUCUGUGUGGUUGCUGUUUCGCGAAAUUCAGCUGAGGCCUUUGUUUCACAUCCUUCUGAGUCAGACGUGAGUAAUUCCUACUGCACAGAGAUCGGUGAAGAAAAGAAAACGUUCCAUCAGCUGAUUUUCAGACAUGGGAAACAACCGGUGGAAGUAGUAACAAGCCUUAUCGUGGAAGUCACAACGAUCAGAGAAGACAGGGCUCCGGGCAAGAACUGA